UUACUAGCAUAUGAUUAUUAUUUUUUCUGGGUUGCAGACAUAGUUGUAGAUUUUGCCAAGGGGCAAGCACCUGGACAGGGAGCUUGGUGUGUGGCAAAGGCAUCAUCAACAGAGAAGGAGCUGGUGGGGAAUAUCCGAUUUGCAUGCAAAUAUGUUGAUUGCAGUAUUAUAGCUAAUUCAAAAGGCAAAUGUUUCUAUCCAAACACAGCUUGGAAUCAUGCUUCUGUUGUCAUGAACCUUUACUACCAAAAACAAGCCAGACAUUUCUGGAACUGUAACUUCAACGGCUCUGCCCUCAUCACUGUCAUCGACCCAAGCUACGGUAAAUGCAAAUAUUCUUUCACUCGGAAUUAA